UAAAACGCGUGGCCGGGUCAAUCGGGGCAUCAUUGAUCGGUUGGACAUCGAGGGCUCAGGCACGACCACUGUGAAGAUGAAUUUCUUUGGCGCCCUUACCGCGCUUUUCGCCAUCUGUGCGCUAUGUGGAUUAACCCAAGCGGAUAUAUCGCUCAAGUUGCAACAGCAACAGCAGCAGCAGCAACAGCCGCUGAUCGUCAAGGAGCAGUACUACAAGACGGGCGGCGGCUUCCAGGAGAGCAACUACGGCAAUUCCGGCUAUCAAAUCUUCGAGGUUCACAACCACUUCGCUGGUAAUCAUGGCAAGGGUCCCUCUUACCUGCCUCCCCAGGCUCAGAGUUCCAAUGGUCAUGGUCAUGAUGACAGCUUGGAUUUGUCCUUCCUGAACUUUGCCGAUGCUCCAGCUUCAGUUGCUCCUGCUUCUCCGAUUCCUGUGCCCUUCCCUUCGAGCUAUCGGCACGAUUUCCAGCAAAAGGCUCAGGUUUCCAGCUCGGUGGGUUACACUGGGCAGGCCUAUCUGCCGCCCAGCGCAGCCACGCCCAUUGUGCAGCAGCAGCAGCAACAGCAACAGCAAGUGGUGCAGCAGCAACAGGUGCAACAGCAAGUGAUUCCACAGCAAGUGGUGCAACAAGAACAGCAAGUAGUGCAGCAGCAGCAACAGCAAGUGGUGCAGCAGCAACAUGUGCAACAGCAACAGGUGCAACAGCAACAGGUGCAACAGCAACAGCAGUACAGCCAACAGAGCUACGAGGCACCCGGAUAUCUGCCACCCACUUCCGCCGCUCAGGUUUCCCAGCCAGUGUCCAACUACCAGGCCUUCCAAGGACCUACCUACCUGCCACCUCAGCAGCAGCAGCAGCAGCAACAGCAGGUUCAAGAGGUGCAACAAGUGCAGCAGCAACAAGUGCAGCAGGUGCAGGAAGUCCAACAGCAGCAACAGCAGAUUUCUGGCCAGGAAUACCGGGCUCCUGGUUAUUUGCCACCUGGCUAUGACUUCGCCAAUCCCGACCAGCUGCCAGUGAGCCUGGGUGCGAGUGUUGCCACCAGCUCAUCGGCUCAGAAUGUGGCCACAACCCAGCAGGUUGCAGGCGAGUAUCGUGCCCCUGGCUAUCUGCCACCCGGCUACGAUGAGCCACGUCCUCAGGCACCCAACCAGAUCGCCUACCAGCAACCACAGCAGCAGCAGCAGCAACAGCAGCAGCAACAGCAGGUGUAUGUUGCUCCCACACAAGCAACUGUCAGCAAUCCCGGUGAACUUCCCGAUGGCUAUGACUUUGUGAAGCCCGAAAAUGCCGAGGCAGCGAUCGCUGAGCUGCACAGUCUGCAAACGGCCACCAAGCUGCUGAAGCAGCAACAGGAGCAGCAAUUGCGGUUGCAGCAGCAGCAGCAGCAGCAGCAGCAACAGCAACACGCAGAUAUUGUCUACGGUCGCCCCAAAUCGCAGCAACAUCAGCAACAUUUCACGGCUCCUGGUUAUCUGCCGCCCACAAACGCUGUUGCGGCUCCAGUUGCAGCUCCUUCUCCCGUUUCCAUUCCAGCUCCUGCUCCCUUGGCUGCCCCGGCAGCAGCUCCUGUCGCCGUUGUCCAGGCAACAGCAACAUCCAGCUCCCACCAGCAGCAACAGCAAUACAGGGCUUCUGGUUAUUUGCCUCCAGCUGUGGCGGCUCCUGCUCCAGUUCCUGCUCCUGCUCCUGCUCCUAUCCAUGUUGCAGCUCCUGCUCCCGCUCCCAUCCAUGUUGCUGCUCCUGCUCCCGCUCCCCUUCGCCUGGCCACUCCCACGCCCAUCCAUGUGGCCGGACCAGCGCCGAUAGCCAUCUCCCUGCCUUUGCCAGCUCCCGCGCCCACCCAGGUCACCCACAUCCACUCGCUGAGGAGCUACAUGAACACCGUGCAGCCCUUCGCCCGCUAUGCGCAGCAACAUCACCAGGUGCAACAUCAUCAGCAGAAGCAGGUGCAGCAACAACAGGUCGUCGAGGUGGCGCCCAUGUACCGUGAGCAGUCGAAGAGGCCUCGUUUCUAUGCCCCCGCCUAUGUGAGCAGUGCUGUGGUGCCCCGCCAGCAGCAGCAGCAGCACCUGCACCACCACUACCACCACCGGGUGGUGCAGCAGCAGCAGCAGCAACAGCCCACUCUAAACUUUAAGGCCCAGCAGUCGCUGCAAAAGUUCAUGCCCAAGGACGUUCAGGUGGCGGUGAAUGUGGCCAUGGCCGCCACCGCUCCGGUGGUGGCGCCACCCGCCCUGCGUGGCAGCUCCCGGGUGCGAACCGUGCAGAUCGUGAAGCCCAAUGCGGCGCCGCGGACCUUCAAGGUGCUGGAGCAGCUGGAUCAAAACGGAGUCAAGACCAUUAAGAUUCUGGGGGCCACCAGCGAGCAGCCGCAGGGACGUCACCAGGUGGUGAAGGUGGUGACCCAGAAUGCGCACAGUGGGGCCGAAAGUCAUGUGCAGACGGUCAAGAUUUACGAUGCAGUGCAGCAGCAGCCGCAGCAACAACCACUGAGAUUGCAGCCCAUUUUGAAUCUUGGCCAGAAUAACGCCUACUUGCCGCCGGCUCGUCCCAGGUCGCGAAUUGUGCGCCAGGCCUCCAAGCCGCUGCGCCUCUAUCCCGUUGCCACCCUCUAAGGGGUUGAAGUCCGGGGUCAGGGGUCAAGGUCAACCAGCUCCCAGCACUGAUUAGUUGUUAAUUUCAUCAUCCCAGCAGCGACUAUUAUUUUUUUUCUACCUCAUUUCGCAUGCAUUUCUGCCAGCAAAUCGAAAUCCAAAUACCACCACACAAAUCGCAUUCGAAAUCAAAUCAUUUGCAUGCAAUAACAACCGAUUCGAAUUUCUUACCUAAUAAAUUUAUACUUACGUAAAAUAUGUAAA